AUGAGCUCGCCGUACCUCCAGUCCAUCCUCCCGAUCGCCGCGUCGGGCCCGCCGGCGCCAGCCACGCCGGCCCUGCCCUUGGAAGGCCUCUCCGAGCAGGACUUGGGCGUGCUCCUGGCGCAGUUCGAGCGGUUCCUGGCCUUGUUGGAACCAUACCGGGACCAGCUCCAGCCGAUCGAGCGGUUCCUCGGGCACUUCGACUCGCAAAUCAGCCGCUUGUCCGAGUCGCUCCGCGCGCUCCAGGCGCAGGCCGGCGGCUUGGCGCAGGGCGUGGACGGCCACCGCUCGCUCGUGGAAAGACUCAACCCGGUGGUCUUGGACCUUGUCAUCCCGCCGGCCAUGGCGCAGGCGGUGCUCCGCGGGCCCGUGGACGGCGCGUGGGUGGCCGCCGUGCUCUUCAUUGCCGACAAGCAGCAGCUCGUGCGCCGCAUCCUGCGGGGCGACGCCAUGCCCGAGCUCAAGGAUCUGCGGCUAUUCGCCGCCUUGCAGCACGGCGUGCGGCUCUUGGAGGCCAAGGCCGUGGAGCGCGUCCGCGACCACGUCAUCGAGCAGAUCCGGCUCUUGCGCCGCUCCGCGGCCGUGUCCUCGCAGGCGGUGCAGCGCCUGCUUUUGCAGGUCAAGGACGCGUUCGCCUUCCUCAAGAGCCGCACGCCCCACUUGGCCCGCCAGCUCCACGGGGCCUACGUGUACACGAUGAAGUGGUACUACACCACGCGCUUCGCCAAGUACCUCCACUCGCUCCAGAAGCUCCGCGUCAAGCACAUCGACCUGCUGUAUGUGUUGGGCGGCACGGGCGGCCACGAGCCCCCCAAGCCCGGGCUCUUGGAUUUCAUGGGCGCCGGCCACACGCCGCCCUCGCCCGCGCAGACGGCCCCGGCGAGCGCCGCGGCCGCCGCGCCGCCGCCGGCCCGCGUGUCGUUGCCCGAGUACUAUCUGUCGGUGGCCAAACGAAUGGCCGUGCUCGCGGACGACGGUGCCGCGCGGCGGGCCAUCCCGUCGCAGAUCGCCGAGACCACGCCGUUCGCCUACUGGCUCGAGUUCGCGUUCCAGCAGUUCGCCAACGCGUUGCUCGACAACGUGGUCGUGGAGUACUUGUUUGCCACGGACUUCUUCUACCAGGGCAGCGAGAAACCGGACGCGCCGCCCGUGCUGGACCCGGCGCUCCCGGCGCCCGGCGCGGACCGCGACUGGGCCCACGCCAUGUUCGCGGAGGUGUUUAGCAUGGGCCAUUCCUACGCCUCGUGGCUCGUGUCCAGCCCGCACCCUUCGCCCGGCCCGCGGCUCGCGGGCACCAGCGGGGGCCCCGGCCCGGCGGCGCAGGCGGGCACGUGCGACGCGUUCGCCGUCUUGCUCAUGAUCCGCAUCGUCCAGAAACAGAACGCCAUGCUCCACAACCAGUUCCACGUGCCGGUCAUGGAGGACUACCACAACAGGCUCCUCCUCCUGUUGUGGCCGCACUUCACGCGGAUCAUCGACAUCAACUGCGACGCGUUGAAGAGGAACAUCGUGGGCAGCGGCCCGUAUGCGCACGCGGCCGCGGGCGCCAGCCACGCGCCCAUCCAGACCACGCAGCAGUUCGCGCAGCUCUUGCUGGGCUUGUUCAAGUUGGCCUUCCCGGGCGACGACGCCGCCGGCGCCGACCAGUUCCUGCGCGAGCCGCUCCGCAUGUCCAUCACGCGCUUGCGCAACGACUUCGAGGGGGCGCUCACCAGGGCCAGCACGUACAUCUUCGGCACCGGCAAGGGCAAGGCGGCGCACAGGGAGAUGUUCUUGUUCAACAACUACUUCCUCCUCGUGACGAUUCUCGGCAACGAGUUUGAGGCGACGCCCAACCCUUUCAUCCAGGAGCAGAUCGAGCAUUUCCAGCUCCUCUGCGACGCCUACAAACCCAAGUAG